UCGCUCAAACCCUAACAAAAACCCACCCCUUCCGCCUCCAGUCCCUCUUCCUCUCUCUCCCAGCCCCAAAGGCGGCGAAACCCUAGCUAGUUCCCAGUCUCCCCCCAUGGCCUCGCACCUCGACUUCCGCUACCUCGACGAGGGCCUCGGCGGCGAGCGCGGAAAGCGCAAGCGCCGGGAGGAGGAGGCAGAUGCCGCCGAUUCCAUGGACCUCGACGCCGACGCCCCCCGGCCGUCCAAGCUCCGUGCGGUGCCCUCCCAGUCCGACCCGUCCAAGCCGGCGGCCUUCGGGCAGCCCACCUACGACGGCGUCAUCGCCGGGCGCGUCUCGGGGCGGACAUGGAAGGAGCCACGCACGCGCCGCUCCUCCGCUCUGAUGGUGUCGCGGAAGCCUGUCCCUCUGGAGCAGCGCGUGAGGGACAAGUCCCUGAAGAAGGCGUACCAGGUGCGCGUGGCGGAGCUCAAGGACGAGAUCCGGCAGAACAAGGUCGCCAAGCGCAAGAAGAAGGAGGAGCGGGAGAAGCGCAAGAAGGAGAACGUGCUGCGCACCGGCUCAAAGCUGCAGAAGGUGACCAACCCCAAGACGAUCCAGAAGAUCGCCAAGUCCAAGCACCGUGGUCAGCUCAGGGUCGUCUCCGACGAAAUCUUCGGCGGCAAGAAGUCUGAGGCCGCCCGCCGCAUGCAGGUGCCUGGCCUGGAGAACUGAGUCGCCGCCUAUCUUUACGCCAAUUUUCUACUGCUUUUCGAUUGCUGUGAGCUAGUAUGUUAUAUGACCCAUCAAAAACCAAACGCUUACAAUUAGUUCCAUAUGAUGUAUGAUGAAAAUAUGUAGUACUGUUUGGGUUUGUCAGCAGAUUUUCCAAAACAAGAACCAAGUUGCACACAA